AGCCGUCCGUAAUGUCAUUCCGCGAUUGGAAGAUAGUGCGGGUGCUGGCCGGAAUCGCCAUGCGGAUAUGGGCCGCUAGUGGUGCCGCGCUGCUGUCCGCUUUCCUGAUAUACGUUGUGUACGGUGGCUUUUUUGCUUUCCUGCUGCUUUUGUUUGCCGUGUCGGGCAUCCUUUACCACGCACAAGACAACCUGCUGUACCAUCCCGAGCUGCCGGCCAAUUCGCGAAUCUUCAUACCAGUUCCGUCAAUGCACGGAUUGCCUUACGAAACGUUACACCUGAAGACGCGGGAUGCCAUUUCACUGCACGCCUUCUGGAUCCGGCAUCCGGGCGAUAAGGGCCGCUACGUACCAACGAUAGUGUACUUUCACGGAAAUGCUGGCAAUAUGGGCCAUCGGUUACAGAACGCCAGCGGCUUCUACCACACGCUCCAGUGCAAUGUGCUGAUGGUGGAGUACCGAGGGUACGGUCUGUCGACUGGGACUCCGAGCGAGAAGGGAUUCUUUGCCGACGCACGUUCCGUACUGGAUCAUCUGUUCAGCCGGCACGAUUUGGACCAUGGACAGAUAAUAAUAUUUGGCCGAUCGCUCGGUGGUGCCGUAUCAAUCGAUCUGGCAGCCGACGCGGUGUACGGUUCGAAGAUUAUGGGCGUAAUUGUGGAGAACACGUUCACCAGCAUACCGGAUAUGGCGGUGGAAUUGAUACACCCGGCGGUGAAAUAUUUGCCACUGCUGCUGUACCGGAACCAGUACCUGUCCGUGGACAAGAUUCAGUUCAUUUCCGCCCCGAUCCUGUUCGUUUCCGGCCUGGCCGACACACUAGUGCCUCCGAGGAUGAUGACGAUGUUGCACACGCGAUGUGGCAGCACCCGCAAACAGAUGCUGCAGAUUGUUGGUGGAUCGCAUAACGAUACGUGGGCUGUGAAUGGGUACUACCAGGGUGUAGCCCAAUUUAUUAAGGAGUGUAGAGAAACCAAAGGACCACUACAGACGCCCCCGGUUAGCCACAACGUUUGGCCAAACAUAGAGGAAGUGUGAGGUGCCGAUGUGCCACGCGAUUUGCU